UUCUUAAAUAUAUAGAUCUAAACUGAGUCUGACUAGUACAAGAAGUUUGUCACUACACACUUGCAUUUCAACACAGAGGUCCAUAGCAAGCUAGGAGCCAGCCACAAUUAACCCACAAGUGAGAUAUCACCUGACAAAGCUAGCCCACGAUGGACACCAAGUGCGGCAUGGAUGAGCAGAGCUGGCUGGUGAUCGAGGAACAGGCCUCGCCGUUCACCGGGAAGAAGACGAACAAGGCAUCCGUCGUCAAAGGCAGGCGAUGGAGUUCGCUGGCCAACGCCGUGAUGGUGGCCCUGAUCAUGACGAUGCCGCCGAUCCUCCUCAUGCUCGGCGGCCACCUCAGCACGCCGGCGGUGUGGAUCAAGUCCACCGUGUCGGAGUUAGGCACCCGACGAGUUGCAGAACCAAAGAAAGACGUGCUUCUCGGCGGCCUGCUCCUUCCAGGAAUCGACGAGCAGUCCUGCGCCAGCCGGUACCAAUCCGUGCACUACCGCAAGAACAUGACCCGGUCGCCGACGCCGUACCUGAUCAAGCGGCUGCGGGAGCAGGAGGCGCUGCAGAGGCGGUGCGGCCCGGGCACGGAGCCGUACAGGAGAGCCUCAGAGCGGCUGAGAUCCGGGCAGAAAUUCGCCGACACCAUCGACGGCUGCGGCUACCUCGUGCUGCUUUCCUACCAGGGCCUCGGCAACCGGAUCCUCGCCAUGGCCUCCGCUUUCCUCUACGCCAUGCUCACCAACCGCGUGCUGCUCGUGGACCGUGGCAAGACACUGGGCGACCUCUUCUGCGAGCCUUUCCCGGGCACGACGUGGCUGCUCCCUCUCGACUUCCCGCUCCGGGGCUACAACGACCUGGGCGAGAGCGCGGCGGAGAGCUACGGGAACGUGUCAUUGCGCGGCGAGACGGCGUCCAAGCACCGGUUCGUGUACAUCCACCUCGAGCACGACGCGGCUCCAGCGAACAGGCUCGUGUACUGCGACGACCACCGGGAGUUCCUGCACCGGGUGCAGUGGGUCGUCAUGAGGUCCGACGGCUACAUCGCGCCGGGCUUCUUCCUGAACCCGGCGUACCAGGAGGAGCUCCGUAAAAUGUUCCCCCGGAGGGACUCGGUCUUCUACAUCCUGUCACGGUACCUUCUCCACCCGACCAACGACGUCUGGGGCAUGGUCACCCGGUUCUACGACGCGUACCUCAAGGACGCCGACGAGCGGCUCGGCAUCCAGGUCAGGGUCUUCUUCGACGCCGGCGUCCAGCCGAGGCCGUUGCCGCACAUCCUGGAGCGGAUCCUCGCGUGCACGAAGCAGGAGAAUCUGCUUCCCGGAGUGGUCAACAAUGUACCCUCGCCGAUGAAGACGAAGAAGGCACGGUCCAAGGCCGUCCUGAUGACCGGCCUCAACACAUGGUACCACGACAGCAUCCGGGAGAUGUACUGGCGGUCGGCGAGCGCCGACGGCGAGGUGGUGAGCGUGCACCAGCCGAGCCACGAGGGGCUGCAGCACUUCUUCCGGUCCGUGCACGACCAGAAGGCCCUGGCCGAGAUGUACCUGCUGAGCAUGACGGACAAGAUCGUCACCAGCGGCUGGUCGACGUUCGGCUACGUCGGCACCGCGCUCGGCGGGCUCACGCCGUACAUCAUGGUGAAGCCGGACAAUCAAGAGUCGACCGACCCGCCUUGCACACGGGCCAUGUCCAUGGAGCCUUGCUCCCAGGGGCCGCCUUACUUCGAGUGCACCAAGAAACAGAUUGACAACAUUAUUAACACAGGGAACCUGGUGCCCCAUCUCCGGUCCUGCGAAGACAUGUCUUGGGGAAUCAAACUCACCGACCCAGAAGUCACCGAAAAGCACGACUAGCUAGUACUCUAUGUUCGGUCCAGAAUUUUCUACAUGUCUUGCAUUUUCUGAGUACAUGAAUAACAACACCAGAAUUUUUUUUUACUGUA